UCUUGUCUUUCUUUGUAUGUCAUCAUCAGUGCGUUCCCUGUUUGAGUGUAAAUUACCAAAGUGAGGAAGCUGCUCAGCUCUGUGUAGACGGCCAACUGACAGGAAGGAAGGAACGACUUCUACACUGCAACGUGACAAAAACUUCUUGUCACUUUUUUCUUCAGUCCUUCGAUCUCGGGGCUCUAUGGAAACACAGACUACAUGCUGACGAGAAGGGGGAACUAGAGCUUAACAGCACCUCCUCCCUCCUCUCCCUCGCCUUAUCCACUGCACACUGUCCUCUUUUGGACCAACCAGCCUUUGGUUUUAAGUUAUCGCUUUGGUUUUAGUGUUGCGCUCUCUCUCUCUCUCUCUCUCACCUACACACACACACACACACACACACACACAGACACAUGGUGGGGAUGACUGACUGGGCAGAUGGUGCUCAGUGUGUGGACUAGAAGCUGAGGCAAGGCUGAGAGGGACAGACUCCUCGUCCAUGAUGGGAUGCUGCAGUGUGACCCAGAGGCAUACUGGAGUGGACGAGGUGGGCCCUGAUGAGAUCGAGCUCCUGGAACUCUCUGGAGACAACCUGGGUGUGUGGAGUCUGGGGGAAACCAGGCUUCAGCUGUCAGUGAGGAGCAGCAGUGACGAGCAGCAGCCGCCACUGCCACAUCCACCUCAACCGCGGCAGCCUACAGUGCGACGCCUGGAGAAAGAGGUCCCCAUGUCUGUGUCUGUGAUGGCGCUGUGGGGCAAGAGCAGAGACGAGCUGCACAAGAGGAUUUACUCUCAGAAGCCAAUCAGGAGCUGGGAGGGUCAGCCUGCACACACGUAUGGAGAGGUGAUCCACUCGUCCCUGGUGUCUCUCUACAACAGAUACACACAGGAAACCAGCGAACACUUCCUCGUGUUGUUCUCCUUUCACCUACUGAUCCUCUCUCUCGACCACACUCAACAAGACUUCAUUUAUGGGGGCGUCCUUCCUCUUUCUGGACUCAACGUCCAAACCGUGUCCCUGGACCCUGACAUGUCUCCGUCGUCACCACACGUGUUUGAGAUCAGCGGACCAAUGGUGGAUUCCAAAGUGUUUAUAUGUGACAGUGCUGCAGCUUUACACACGUGGGUGCAGCAAAUUGAAGACAGGAGACACGAGGCAACAGCACAACCCAUGAGUCCCUCUCACUGCUCUCUCUCCUAUCUGUUACCGUGCGAUGUGCGCUGGAAAAGAGAAGAGCUACUGAAAUACUUGGUGAAAGCUCCGAUAUGGCAGUGGGAAGGCUCACCUGUGCAGCACAUGGGUCAGCCUGAGUACAUAUCAGUCGUCAAUGUCAUCAACUCACACAGACAGGGUUGCCAGGAAAGACUGAUGGUUCUCUUCCCUGAAGACGUGCUGCUGCUGUCAGUUGACAACAAUCGAGUGAAUAUGACAUAUGAGGGCCGGCUGCCCCGACACAGCAUCAGAGCAGUGGAGCGCUCAGCUUUGCCUGGACGGCUGCAGUUUGAGCUGAUGGGUGAGCUGGUGGAGCCACUGCAGGUUUCAUGUUUGUGCUUAGACGAUUAUCAGAACUGGAUGUUUCAUUUACAGCAGCCUGACAGGAGCAGUCACGUCACUGUGAGUCCGGCUCCACCUCCAAUCCUGCCAAAGCUGCACAGGAGCAGGAAAGAGUCCCAGGAGCCGAUGAUAAGUGCUGACCAAUGUCACAUCAACGGACGCAGCUGACUCACACUGUGCUUGGGUUUUCGCUGUAAUGACAAAUACAAAUCUAACUUUGUAGAUAGCAUGUACAUACAUUUACAUUUCACUGCGCCACACACUAUGUUCACAUAUUCAUACAAUGGUGAAAAUGUUCAGAAAUGUGCUUGAGGUUUUUUUUUUGUUUCGAUACCUGUGGAUGAUGUCUCCUCAGAGGGGACAAAAAGACGUUUAUCAUUCUCCUUCACGUGGGGACAAACGGGAACGAGUUUGCCUGGAUUAGGAGCAGCUGAAGAAAUGUUAGAGCUGUAGAUGUUUGACGUUGUCAUAACGGUUUACUUUUUCAGAAUAAACUGUUUAAGAAUG